AUGAACGGACAUACAUCCCAGGGCAUUACUAACCAAACUUCAAUCCAGAACGAAAAUGGUGAAUCCAAGGAGGAGAAAUUGAGAAAGAGAAGAGAGCAGUUGCUAGCAUGGAGGCAGAAGAAGGAGCAGGAGAAGGAGCAGGAGAAGAUCGAUGCUGAUGAGAAAAAGAGAAUACGACAGCAACGUAUUGAAGAAUGGAAGAGGGCAAGAGCACAACAGCUGCAAGAACCAGUCAAAAAACCAGAUGUGGCGAAACCAAUAUCAGCUAGACCCACAUUGACUUUGAAGAAGACCAACAAAACAACGGCCCCACUAAAGAGACCACGGGUUGUCUUGCAACAGGAUGACCAAGAAAGCGAUUCUGCAAAACCGAAAUUCAAGAAGCCUACCCUUGAUCAACAGGAAACACCGGCAAAUGAUGAUGCACCAGAAGUGGAUGAAUUAGACUUGUAUUUGGCUUCUCUUAGUGAAACGAAAAACACAACCAAAGUCCAACUAGACGAACCUGACGAUCUCGAUGAGGAAGAAGAAGUCGACGAAGAACAACUAAAACAACAGAAACUUCUAACAUCACUCACAAAACUUCAAACCAAGGGAAAGGAACUCAAGCCAAUUGAUCACACCCUUGAAACUUAUGCACCAUUCAGAAAGAGUUUCUACCAACAGCCAUACGAGCUACAAAUGUUAACUCAAGAACAAAUAUCCGAGAUCCGCAAAGAACUAGGGAAUGUUCGUGUCAAGGGAAACAAUGCACUGCAUUACGCUCCAAUCUCCAAAUGGUCACACUUGGGACUUCCGUCAAACUUAUCUACGGUCAUUACUGACAAGCUACAGUUUGAAUCACCAUCAGCAAUUCAAUGUCAAGCUCUUCCUAUAAUCAUGUCGGGCCGAGAUGUAAUCGGAGUCGCCAAAACCGGAUCAGGAAAGACAUUAUCGUAUGUUAUUCCCAUGUUGAGACACAUUCAAGACCAGCCACCAAUACGUGAGAAUGAUGGGCCUAUUGGUGUUGUCCUCUGUCCCACUCGAGAACUUGCAUUGCAGAUUCAGCGAAAAAUCUCCAAUUUCACCAGCAAGAGUUUGCGAGUCUGUUGCUGUUAUGGUGGAUCUUCCAUAGAACCCCAAAUUAACGAAUUGAAAAGUGGCGUGGAGAUAAUUGUGGGUACUCCCGGUAGAGUCAUUGACUUGUUGGCGGCUAAUUCAGGCCGUGUAACUAAUCUACAAAGAACAACAUAUAUCGUCCUUGACGAAGCUGAUCGUAUGUUUGACCUUGGGUUUGAGCCCCAGAUCAGCAAGAUAUUCACUCAAAUUAGACCUGACCGCCAGACUAUUUUGUUCUCGGCCACGUUCCCGAGAAAGAUGGAACAAUUGGCAAAACACAUCCUUGUUGAUCCCGUUGAGAUUAUCGUGGGUGGAAUAAGUGUCGUCGCUCCAGAAAUCACCCAAAAAAUCAUCCUUUUCGAAAACGUCACUGCGGAAGAGUUCAAACUGGACAGAAUUGACAAACUCCAUUCUAUACUUGCUGACUACCAGACAUACAAAAAGGUACUUAUAUUUGUGGAGAAACAAAAUGACGCCGAUGAUCUAGUCACACAACUCCUUGCGUUCAACUUGCCCUGUGUAGCGAUCCAUGGAGGUAAAGACCAACUCGACCGACGCUACGCCAUCAAGGAAUUUUCAAGCAUCAACAGUGGUGUCGACAUUCUCAUUGCUACAUCGGUGGCUGCCCGUGGAUUGGACGUUAAAAGUUUGGGACUUGUGAUUAAUUUCGAUCCGCCCAAUCAUAUGGAAGAUUAUGUUCAUCGUGUAGGCCGUACGGGUAGGGCAGGAUCGAAGGGAACGGCAAUCACGUUUGUGUGGAAUAAGCAGGAACACGAAAUUGCCAAUCUUGUGAGAGCGUUGCGUAUGAGUAAAGUGGAAGAAAUAGAUUCGAGAUUAGUGGAAAUUGCCGAGAGUUUUUCGAGCAAGGUUAAACAAGGCAAAGAGAAGAUCCAUUAUGGGUUUGGAGGUAAAGGUUUGGACAAAUUGAAACAAGUGCGUGAUCUGAAAUUGCAAAUGGAAAAGAACAUGUAUGAUGAGCUGACUACGGAGACAGUUAAAGAAAAGAGUGUCACUCCAAAUGCUACACCCAAUGCCACUGCUGCCGCCUUACCUGAUUUUGAAAUCAUUGAAGGAAACAGCCCCGAGACGUCUGGUCCCGACAAGUGUAAGUUCUAUUCGAGGAUUAUCAUCAAUGACUUGCCUCAAGCUGCUAGAUGGAAUAUCGUCAAUCGUGAACACUUGUCCAAGAUUAUUGAAACUUCUCGAACGUCAAUCACCACCAGAGGUCAAUUUUAUCCACCUGGUAAAAACCCACCUCCCAAUAAUAAAGACCUGUUGGCUAAACUCUACUUGCUUGUUGAAGGGUUAGACAAGUCGUCGGUGCAUGAAGCUAACAAUAUGAUACGAGAACGAAUGAUUGAAGGAUUGGAAUUGGCGGCUCAACAAGAGACGAAUGUUCCUGGAGGUAGAUAUGUAGUUUAAAAUAUCAAGUGCUGAAAAAUUCACAUUAUUAUUCUCCCCGCAAUCACAAAAAAAAAAAGAAGCCGAGGUUUGCAAUAUAAAUUUCAACUAUAAAUAUAACCCUCCUUCUCUAUUUCUUCGUUAUUCUUGUAAACUCCUCGCCAACCAUGACCUUUAAAGCUUCAGAUUAUAAAUACGAAUACUUCUCCGUGAGUGAGAUCCAAGAAGGAUUCAUUCAUGUUGUGUACAACCAUCCCAAGACCCUCAAUGCGUUUGCUGAACAAAAUUGGAGAGAUUACGGAGAAAUAUUCACCAGACUCGACGCCGAACAAGACGUCAAACUCAUUCUCGUUACUUCCGGUGUGGCUCGUUCCUUCUCUAGUGGAUUGAACUUGAAACAGGCAAUGGAAGUGUUUGACCCUAGUCGUACGGAGAAAGAAAGUGAAGCCCACUUGUUUACCCACAUCAAGGACUUUCAAGAUGCAAUUGGUGUGCCUGCCCGCAUCAACACUCCUACAAUUGGGAUCUUGAAUGGAAUCAACUAUGGGCUUGCCCUCGACAUUUCCUCGGCAUUCACCAUCAGAAUCGCCGUGUCCGAUGCCGUAUUCUCCAUUGCUGAGAUCAACAUUGGGAUUGCUGCUGAUAUAGGUACUCUCCAACGUGUCCCUCGUUUAGUCAACAACAAGUCUAAGUUGUUCCAGCACGCAUUAUUGGGUGACAAAUGGGGUGCCCAAGAGGCAUUGGAUUUAGGUUACGUAAGUUGCAUUGUUGACUCCAUUGAUGCCGGAAUUAAGAUUGCUAAAGCAUGGGGAGAAAAGAUAUGUGAUCUGGAAAGAUGGGCUUUGCGUGGUACUAAGCAACAUAUCCAGGAUAUUCUCAAUGGAGGCACCAUGGAAGAUGGAUUGAAGUCUAUUCAAAAGUAUAACGCUUUUCAUAUUGCUCGUGCUGGUAUGAAUACUAAGUUGUAAGCUUUAUGUAUGUGUAAUAUAUCCGGGUAAUCUUUCCCGAUUCGGAACCGAUUUUUUUUUUCUUUUUUUUAUUUUUAUGAUAUCAAAAUUUUUCAGUAUUUUCACAGUGUGAGCAUUGAAGCUAUAGUGUAGGGUAGUAUGACAGGAAUAAUAAGAAGCGGGCAGCUAGCUAAUGGACUUAGAAAGACCAUAAGGAGGAGGUAUAGUGUUUCCACGCUUACCUUCUCGGAAGAAGUUUUUCCUGCUCAUCAAGAGACGAGACCAAACACACACAUACCCAAGACACCUACACUCGGUGACAAAUUACAAACCAUGCCUUCCGUUCGUGCAUCUAAAUCAUAUACUGCCAGUCGUGGCAGCUCACCCCGGUUAUCUGACGACAAAUCCCAUAAAAUUAAAACGCAGAUCAUUGACUUGGUGGAAAGAAACCAGUUUGACUCAUUGAGUAAACUCCUAUUAUCAUGGGCCCAACAUGAUCCAAACGCCAUGUUGGAUGUAUUGGGACACCACCAGUUUACUGAGUAUAUGAGGUUGCUAAUUUCUAAAAAGAACUUCCAUUUAAAGCUGUACCUGUCCUUAGCACCAAUUUUACGAUUAAUCAACCCCAAAUCGCGAAUUACUCAACCAGCAGUAGUACAUUCCAUGACUGAAGCCAUCCGUGACAUCUACGGUGCAUUGAUAUAUACCAACCCUAACAUUAAGUUCUAUGACCAGGAAAGAAGACAUGAUAUCUAUGCCACCCUGGAGUUAACCGGGUAUAAGUUUACCACUACAGAUUAUGAAAACUUGAUGCAUUUAGAAGUCAUGAAUCGUAAAUUGGAUUUAGCUGCCAAGUGGUUCCGUACAUUCAAGAGGGAAUCCCCGUAUGAUUAUGUUGGGAAAAUGACGCCCAAGAUGUGGAUAUUGGUUUUCCAGAUUUACAGCGGUGGGAAUUUACAUCUUUGGGAAUUGAAAAGCACAGAAUUGGCCUCAAUUAGGUAUGACCCAAAGAAUAGUAGGUUUGUCGACUCCAUCAAGUCCAAUGACUUAUUGGCCGAUUUCAGAAAAUCUGGGUUGCAAGUUGCCGAGAUGGGAUUGGAAUUCCAUGAAACUUUGAUUUGCAGUUUGGGGUACGAAGGUAAAUUGUCACAACUUUUUAAUUUUAUCGAGUCAGUAUGGGGAGUUGACGAAACUGGGAAAAUAAUUUCCGACGAUGUUAAAUUGAAACCGAAUGAUUCUAGGUAUCCAACCAUGAACACUGUUAUUAGUAUAUUUUCUAGUAUUGCAUAUAACGGUCAUUUCUUUGACGCAAUGAAGUUUGUUAGUGAAUUCCAGAAAUCAUACGAAAUAACUGGAAGUAAUGCAUUAGACAAGAGGUUUUUCGAUCUGAUUUUCAGCUGGUGCGAUAUGUCCACUAAAUUUGAAGAAGAUCGUGCCUUGCUGUAUUUCUUGAGACAAACCAAUGUGAAAACCAACGGUACACCUACCUUGAAUGAAAUUUCCAAUGACGUUAACUUUGACUAUGAGGGAUUCUUGGAAUUCGUCAAGAAACUUAAACAGGAAAGAAACCAGGCAUUUCAACAGCUAUGGGAUAUUUACCAAACUGACGAAAUAGAUUUCAACCACAGCAUCUACUCCACAUAUUUGAACUAUUUGAAAGAAGGAAUAGCUGAUAAUCUAGAACAGAAAUAUUAUGAUUAUUUGUCAGCAUUAUUAAGACAAUACCAAGCAUACCACACCACAUCACAAUCGUUUAAUAGACGUGCCAACCUUGGCUUUGAACCCGUCAAUGAAAAGCAUCAAUCGGUAUACAUACUUUAUCAAGCGGCCAUGAAGGAAUUGAUCGACAUCAAGGGGAAAUCCUUGUACAUAGGCCAAUGCCAACCCUUGAUUGAUGAAUGGUCCCUUGAUACCGCCAUGAAACAACAAUUGAGUGAUUGGUUCAAGCACGAGAAAUUGAAUCAAUUUAAGAGGUUGAGAGAGAAGAAGAGACAAGAGUUUAUGAUGACCUUAAAGAAGGAGGAUGAUGAGGAUGAUUCGUUGUUGAGCUUGAUGUAGAAGAAGUAUUUAUUGUGUUGUAAAUAAAAUUGAAUUUUGGCUGCCAAAUUUAUAGUGUAAGCUUUGUCGUGCGGUUACCGAAAUUAGUUAUUGUGCUGUCACUUUCUGGUUCCACUCGUUGGA